AUGAGCACAACCGUCGAAUUCCUCCUCGGUUCUUUGGCACUUGCCAGCAGUAUCUUAGGCAAUGAUUCAAGUCUCCCAACAGUGGACCUAGGCUACCAGAUUCACCGCGCCAUUUCCUUGGAUGAAACAUUCAACACUUACAACUUCACCAACAUACCAUAUGCGGAACCUCCUUUAGGUCCUCUGAGAUUUAAAGCACCCAUUCCACCUAGAGGUCGGAAGUCUGAGAUCCAAGAUGGCAGGCUCCCAUUCAACUAUACGCAAGCUGAGGAGACUUUGGCCAAUUCGCCGCCUCGAGCAAUGGAUCCUCGGGUCACUGAAGAUUGUCUCGUUUUGGAUGUGCUAGUUCCGAAAGCAGUCUUUCAUGAACAAUCCAAGUCAAAGGGAGCUCCUGUCUUGGUGUGGAUUUAUGGAGGCGGCUAUGCCCUUGGGGAUAAGACUAUGUUUGGGAGCCCACACGAGCUUAUUGCGGCCACCCAGCAAGGUGAAAACCAAGGUGCUAUCUGGGUAGCCAUGAACUAUCGCCUUGGAGCCUUCGGGUUCCUCUCUGGCCCUACCUUGCAAGAGACCGGCACAGCGAAUGCAGGUCUUCAUGACCAGAGACUCGCUCUUGAAUGGGUGCAGGAGAACAUCCACAAGUUUGGCGGAGACCCUGAUAACGUCACUCUCAUGGGUAUUUCAGCGGGUGGUGGUUCAGUUAUGCACCAGAUUACGGCAUACGGUGGCUUGAAGCCGGCACUAUUCCACCAAGCUAUCACGCAGUCAUCGGCCUUUGUUCCUAAUCCAGGGACCCAAUUGCAGGAGGACGCUUUCAACGACUUUCUCUCGCUUCUCAAUGUCAGCUCUCUCGAAGAGGCUCGAGCUCUGGACUCGGCCACCCUGAUUGAAGCAAAUGCUAAACAGAUCGCUGAGGCACCACACGGCACAUUUAUCUUUGGCCCAACUGUCGAUGGCGAUUUUGUCCCUGGUGUGCCAACGAAACUGAUCCUUCAGGGUUCCUAUUCAAAAGGCAUCUCUAUUUUAUCUUCUUAUAUGAGCCAUGAGGGUAUUUUCUUCAUAGAUCCAAGGGCCAUUGACGACGAAAGGCUAUUGCGUCAGCACCUUCGGAAUAUUUUCCCCCAUAUGUCGAAAAGAAACUUUGACUUUGUCUUCGAUACACUAUAUUCACCAACUUAUGAUGGGUCCUAUCCCUAUAAAGCUCCUCUUGAACGAGCGGAACUUAUUAUUGCUGAAUCAAUCUUCAUCUGCAACCAGAACUCCAUGUUAAAAAGUGCAAUGCAACAAGGCACAGCGGCGUUCGGAUACCAGUUCUCGAUCCCACCAGCGCUUCAUGGUGGCGACCAGCCCUAUAUUUUCCCCAAUGGUCCAUUCCCCGACGUCGAUCCUAUUAUUUCCAAAUUCGUUCAACAAACCAUCGCCAGUUUUGUUAACAAUGGUGUGCCGUCUGAACAAAUUACUGGAGCCUCGAUCCCUCCGUACGCGACCAACAAAUCUGUUCUUAAUCUGGUCCCGAACUCCCCAGUAAUUAUUCCUGAUCCAACAGCUAAUGAGAGAUGUGAUUGGUGGCAUAAAGCUUUAUAUAGUUAA